AUGGCUGGAAGAAAUGAUGUUGCGAUUGCUGCUGCUUUGGAAGCAAUGGCUCAAGCUUUGAAACAUCAUCCAAAUGUUGGUGAGAAAGCUGCGUCUCGCAAUUUGGAUACCUUCCAAAGGGAGAAUCCACCUAUUUUCAAGGGCACUCAUGAUCCUGAUGGCGCAUUGACAUGGCUAAAGGAGAUUGAUAAAAUCUUCCGUGUGAUGGAUUGUACUCUAGAUCAAAAGGUUCGGGAGUUCUUGAGGAAGUAUUUUCCGGAGGAUGUACGUGGCAAGAAGGAAAUCGAACUCCUUGAGUUGAGACAAGGGAAUAAGUCGGUGGUUGAGUAUGCUGCUAAGUUUGGCGAAUUGGCUAAGUUCUACCAGCACUAUGGUGGACCAACUGGUGAAUUUUCGAAGUGCAUCAAGUUUGAGAACGGGUUGCUUCCAGAAAUUAAGAAGGCGAUUAGCUAUCAGAAGAUUCGUGUCUUUGUUGACUUGGUUGAUAGUUGUCGGAUCUAUGAGGAGGACAACAAUGCUCAUUAUCGGGUUAUUAGUGAGAAGCGAGGCCAUAGUCAACAAGGCCGUCGCAAGCCUUAUGAUGCUCCAGUUGGCAAGGGUAAGCAGAAAGCUAUUGAGGGCAAGAGAACUAGUGGGGGAGAUGCUCCUGUUGGUUUUGUGUGCUUCAAAUAUGGCAAGGCUGGCCAUAAGAGUAAUGUGUGUACUGUUGAAGCGAGAAAGUGUUUCCGUUGUGGAAAGUUUGGACAAGCGUCGUCUGAUUGCACACAUAAGGAGAUAGUUUGUUUCAACUGUGGUGAAGAGGGCCACAUUGGAAGUAAAUGUCAGAAACCCAAGAAGGAGCAAGCUAGUGGGAAGGUGUUCGCCUUGUCGGGAACUUAG